UGUUAACAAGAUGGGCGGAUACACUUGUAAGUGUGCUGUGGGGUAUGAGGCAGACAAGGGAAGUAACGUUACCGGCAUAGACAUCAAGUGCAAAGAUGUAGACGAAUGCUCAAGGAAUCUCGAUGCCUGUCACGCGAAGGCCACAUGCUCUAACACCAUAGGCUCAUACAGGUGCACGUGUAUGCAAGGACUUCGUGGAGACGGCCGCUUGAAUUGCCAAAAGAUGCAACCGUGCUCAGUUGACAAACUGUGCAUGGAAAAUGAAGUUUGCAAAGACUUUGGAGGUUUGCACUUGUGCGAUUGUAAACAAGGUUAUCAUAUUAAAGACAAAAGUUGUGUUGAGACGAAUGAGUGCAAUGAGGACAAGAGUAUCUGCGGUUCAAACUCCGUUUGUACGAACACUCGGAGAUCUUAUUACUGCAGUUGUGAAGUAGGCUUCGAGAACAAAAUGGACGAUGGAAAGAACUGCUAUGAUAGAGAUGAAUGCCAGAAAAAGAACUCCUGUGGAGACGUAGCGGCCUGUGAAAAUACGGAAGGAUCGUACCACUGCACCUGCCCUGAAGGCUUCACUUUUGAUAAAAAAAAAACCAGCAGUGUGUAGAUGUUGACGAAUGCACUGAUGUUUACACGUGUGGUGCUCAUAUGGCUUGUGAGAACUCGUUUGGAUCUUAUUCCUGCACUUGUCGCCAAGGAUACCGUCUGGA